AGCAUGAUUUGGAAGUUGGAAGUUGGAACCCAUAAAGCAUCUCCCUCUCGUCGGCGUAACGAUUUGUUUUGCAUGAUGCUGAGCUUCUUACACGAGCAAUUUUUUUGAUUUCAGAUAUAUUUAUUAUUCUCACAAAGCCCUAACACACAUUCCGGCAGAAGAGAUAAAUCGUAAAACAACGGAUAAUUUUCCUUCUCUGCAAUAUUUCUUGUAUUAAACCCUAGUCACAUUCUACAGAAAUUAGCAAGGGGUUUGCGUCAUUCACGUUCAGCUAAAUUCCUUAUGGCUCAUUGUCCUUAAUUUCACCUAGUUCCAGCUGCAGUUAGUUAUUUCCUGUUUGAUUUGAUUUCUUCAUGGACUGGCCUAGGCAGUGAGAAUCCAGGAAUCACACAUGCAUAAGAGAUAAUGAGUAGGCUUUCAUUCAGGCCGCGGCCGUUAGAUAUUCACAAGAAGCUUCCAAUUGUGAAGUCUGUGAAGGAUUUUGAAGAAGAUGACACUCCCACUUCUACUCGCAACUCUCAGCUCCUCCGAAUUGCUGCUGUUGAGCCUGAUAACGAGGUGCACCACAUUCCAACCAAGAAACUAGCUUCUGAAAUACCCACUCCUGAAUUUGUUGUUGUUGAUACAUAUGAAAGAGACUAUGCCCGCACUUUCGCACAACCCACAUCCUAUCUACGUGCAAGGGGAGCUCGAGCGGAGCUUGGGGAGUUUGUUGAAUACGAUCUCGACAAUGAGGAUGAGGAUUGGCUUCAAGACUUCAAUAAAGAUAGGAAGAAUCUGUCACCUGAAAGGUUUGAAAAUCUUCUUUUCAAGUUGGAAGUAUUGGAUCAUAAAGCUCGGGAAAGAGCAGGGGUUAUAACCCCCACUCUUGCCUCACCAAUCCCUGUACUUCUUCAACUUGAUUCUGCAAUUGAGGCCAUGCAAGCUCAAGCUCCAUCCAUCAGAUAUGCAGCUUUACAGUCUGUUUAUAAUUAUUGGAAGGAAAAGCGCGAAAGAUGGCAGAAGCCUAUUUUGAGACGCUUGCAGCCUCCUCCCCCAGUUAAUGACACCAAUCCAUACAAUGUCUUCAGGCCAAGGGAGAAAGCUCACAGACUCCACACAAGAAGGAUGCAAAGGAGGGAAAAUAAUGUACAGUCAUUUGAAAAGCUUCGCCAGGUUAGGCGAAACCUCAACCAAGCUAAGACAAUACUCGAGUCUCUGAUUAAGCGGGAGGAGAAAAAAAGAGAGGCAAUGGAGACCGAAGUGAGCCUCCAAAGGAUCCAAAUGAAGUACAAGCAUGAAACUGAGCUCCUUGAAUACAGUUUGGCUCUUCCUGGAUUCGCACCUCUGUCUUCCAAGUUUGCCUCAAGUGAAGAUGAAUUCGUGGAUUCGGAUGACCUAGCAAAUAGUCGUCCACGUGCCCAACCUGCUGCAGUUCAAAAUUCUCCUCUAAUAGAUUCUAUUCUUACAGUGCCUGCAGGAAGCAUGAAGCAGGAGUUUAAGAGGCGACAUACACCUUAUGGUUGGCUUAAUAAAAUGGAUCCUCUGGAGCCAGUUCUGUUGUUCACAAAACCUCUUGUUCCAGAAAAGUUGGGAGCUGCGGGCAUUGUGCCCCCAGUAGAUUCUACAUCAAAGAAUUUUGCAUCUACACCUACUUACAGAUUUCAUGGAAGAAUGGGUCGAGGUGGACGGAUUGUUUUUGAUAGAUGGAACCCAUUUUUGCACACUUCAAUAGACAUUGGCAACUCUUUUUACGUGCCACCAAGACCCCGACCUUCAGCAUAUAAUUGAUAUUGAUACUUGCAUAGCUGUGGUUGAUGACACUCUGCAAGUAGGUUUGGAUGAUAGUUAUUGUAAUUAUUCUGUGUAAUCGCAAAUGCUAUUUUAGGCCUUGGUGAUGGAUAUUUUAGGCUUCUCAUGUAACUAUAUGUUUUUUUUCCUUUGAAGAGCAAUCUUGUGCUUUCUCCUUUCCUCGUAAUUAUUAGAAAAGCAUGCCUGCGUUUGCUUGUUUGCUUGCA